AAACGACACGCACAUACCCUUUGUUUCGCCUGCGGCGAGAUCUCCGACUGCCACAAAAGCGAAGGUCUCCUCCGCCCGAAUCGAAGCCGUCGUCUCGAACUCCGUCCGGAGCCCACACCCACAACCUGUCACCCAGCCCCACCCCCACCCACCCAGACGCGAAGCUGGCGCGGGAGGCGGCCGACGCGAGCGCCCGCAAGCGCAAGGCGGCGGACGGCGGCGACACCGGCGCCACGGCUCCGGCCCCCGAGGACGCGGCCAUGGGCGACGCGCCCCCGCCGGCCCCCGCGCCGCUCGUCGAGGGGGGAGGAAGCGAUGGGGCGGGGCCUGACCCUAACUCGCACCGGUUGAGCCCGGAGACCGUGUCGGUGGAGCUCUCCAUGGGCGGGGACUACUACCACGCCUGCUGCGGCGACCCCGACCCCGACCCCAAGCCCGAGGGACCCCAGGUGCCGUACAUCGGUAACAAGGAACCUCUCUCCGCCUUAGCAGCAGAGUUCCAGUCUGGCAGCCCCAUUUUACAGGAGAAAAUAAAGUUGCUUGGUGAACAAUAUGAUGCUUUAAGACGAACACGAGGAGAUGGAAACUGCUUUUAUCGAAGCUUUAUGUUCUCCUACCUGGAACAUAUCCUUGAGACACAAGAUAGAGCUGAGGUUGAGCGCAUCCUAAAAAACAUUGAACAGUGCAAGAAGACACUUUCAGGUCUUGGAUACAUUGAAUUCACUUUUGAAGACUUCUUCUCUAUGUUCAUUGAGGAGCUGCAAAAUGUUCUGCAGGGACACGAAACUUCUAUUGGGCCUGAAGAACUUCUAGAAAGAACCAGGGAUCAAACGACUUCUGAUUAUGUUGUCAUGUUCUUUAGGUUUGUUACCUCUGGUGAAAUUCAAAGGAGGGCUGAGUUCUUUGAACCAUUUAUUUCUGGCUUGACAAAUUCGACCGUGGUUCAGUUUUGCAAGUCUUCUGUGGAGCCAAUGGGCGAGGAAAGCGACCAUGUGCACAUUAUUGCUCUGUCAGAUGCGUUAGGGGUGCCAAUCCGCGUGAUGUACCUGGACCGAAGCUCCUGUGACACAGGCAAUCUAAGUGUGAACCACCAUGAUUUCAUUCCUGCAGCCAAUUCCUCUGAAGGUGAUGCUGCAAUGGGAUUAAAUCCGGCUGAGGAGAAACCUUACAUUACUCUGCUCUACCGGCCUGGUCACUAUGAUAUUCUCUACCCAAAGUGAUCUCUGGCUGAUGAAACACCAAGGUUGAUUUUUCCCAUGAAUUCAGGUUGAGAAAACGUUGUCUAGAACCGUGUAGUUGUGUUGCUCCUGCAUGCUGCCAAAGGCGGCCUUACAAGAGGGAACUUGUGUGUUCUUGGGGCGUAAUCAGAGCAUGCUUUACUUAUCACUGCCCUCAAAUUCGAAGUUUUCCUUAUUGUAAGUGUACUCUAGCACAACGAUUUAACAUUGUGGUUGACUGUUGAGAAGACCCUCUGCAUAUCGUGACUAA